AUGUCACGUUCACUCGCCGAACACCCAACAAUCAUAACAACGCUAGGGUCGGUCGAUGUGUAUAUAUACGAGUGCAUUCGGCCGAUCAUUAUCAGUAAUUCUCCAAUCUUCAAGACAUCAAGACUAUUCAAAAUUCAUAGCUGCUGUCACUUGAAAACGGAGAAGACCACCAACCGCCGUAUUAGAACUACCAGAGAGACGAUACCAGAGAGCCCCAAGACGCCACCCGAAAACCAGCUACGACAACCCGAGUGGCGAUACGAAUACCCAACCGUCCUACGUCCCCAGUGCGGAGCAGUCACACUGUCGAACCAGCAACGUCGAGCAAUCCAGUUCCACGGGAUUCCGAAGACCGCCGCCGGACCGGAUUACCAAAAAACCCGUGUUUUAAGACUCAUAAAAACAAACAAGUCCCCCCCAAGCGCGCCUGCAUAG